UUGAUAAAGAUUCAAUGAAUGUAUGCAAUGCAUUACCAACCAUGACUGUUUAGGGGGAGGUGGUUAUAAUGUAUCUAACACAUCAGCAUGAUUUACAUACAUCCCCUUUUGUAUAUAUAUAAUCCCACUAACCCAAUCACCAUUCACCACCAAUAUCACAUUUCAACCAAUCCACCAUUCUCCAAACCCCUCUUUCUUUUUGCCCUGCUACUUGACUGUACAGGGUUUCCUUGUGAAUGCAGCAAAAUCUUGACCAAUAUUUCUUCAACAACUUCAGUUUUUUCAUCAUUUUUGUGUGUUUUUUGGUGAAAGAUUCAAUCUUUUUGGUGAAAGAUUUGAUCUUUUUGGUGGGUUCUUUCCAGCUGUUACAAAGAUGCCUGCUUUGGUUAAUUACAGGGGGGACGAUGACUAUCAUACAGGUGGAUCACUAUGCUCAAAAGAUUCGACCCGUUUGCUAUCCUUUUACGGGUCUCCUUGCAAACGUCAAAGAAUCAGUGAUUCAUACUUCCAUUUUCUCGAAGAAGAAAAGAAACCGUCUAUUGAAGUCCUUCCAGACGAGAUUCUUUACGAAAUCUUCAGGCGUUUGUCCGGUGGUCAAGCGCGAAGUGCAGCGGCGUGCGUCUCUAGCCGUUGGCUCACGGUUCUGAGUAAUGUCAGAACCUCAGAGAUGGUUCAUGAUGUUCACGAACCAUCUGAUGACGUUGAGAUGGUACAAGAAAACGAUGGGUUUCUUACUAGAUGUUUAGAAGGAAAGAAAGCAACGGAUCGCAGACUUCAAUCUGUUGCGGUUGGGACGUCUGCCCGUGGUGGUUUGGGCAAGCUUUCGGUCAGGGGAAGUAACAAGGUUACCAAGAUAGGGCUCACCGCGAUCGCACAUGGGUGCCCGUCACUAAAGGUUCUAUCUUUAUGGAACGUUCCUUCAAUCGGCGACGAAUCGUUGAUCGAGAUCUCAAAAGAAUGCCGUUUGUUGGAAAAACUUGAUCUUUCUCAUUGUAAUUCAAUUUCCAACAAGGGUAUUUCUGCAAUCGCCCAAAACUGCCCGAAUUUGUCUUCGUUAACAAUCGAGUCGUGUAUAAACGUUGGAAACGAGAGUCUUCAAGCCGUUGCCCGAUGCUGCCCGAAUCUACAAUCGAUUACGAUCAAAGACUGCCCGAAUGUUGGUGACCAGGGAGUUGCUACUCUCUUGUCGUCGCUUUCGUCGGUUUUGAAGAAAGUGAAACUUCAAUCGUUAAACAUAACCGACUUCUCCUUAGCUGUGAUCGGGCAUUACGGGAAAUCAAUUACCAAUCUUGCGCUUAUCGGUCUUCAAACCGCUAGUCAAAAGGGGUUUUGGGCGAUGGGUAGCGCGAAAGGUCUUCAAUCGCUAACGUCGUUAACUGUCGUUUCGUGUUACGGGAUCACGGAUCUGAGCCUUGAAGCAAUAGCGAAAGGUUGCGGUUUGUUGAAACAAAUGUUGAUUAAGAAGUGUUGCUUCGUGUCCGAUAAGGGAUUGGUUUCUUUUACGGAAGCUGCUGAGUCUCUUGAAUGUCUGCAAUUGGAAGAAUGCAAUCGGAUCAGUCAACACGGGAUUUUGAAAACUUUAAAGUCAAAAUUGAAGUCUUUGACAAUAGUCAAAUGUAUGGGAAUCAAAGAUAUCGCCCAAGAAACAUCCGAUUUGACUCGAUGUGAAUCGCUUCGAUCUUUAACCAUUCGAGAUUGUAUCGGGUUCGGAAACACAACGUUGGCAAUUUUCGGAACGUUUUGUCCACAGCUACAAAAUCUUGAACUAAGCGGGCUUUGCGGGAUAACCGAUUCCGGUCUAUACCCGAUUCUCGAAAACUGCCAGGCUGGACUGGUCAAAGUCAACCUAAGCAACUGCCUAAACUUGACCGACAAAGUGGUGGUCGAUCUCGCUAAGAUUCACGGUGAAACCCUAAAAGUUUUGAAUCUCGAAGGCUGCCGGAGGAUCACCGAUGAAAGUUUGGCGUCAAUUUCCGACUACUGCUUCUUACUCAGUGAUCUUGAUGUUUCGAAGUGUUGCGUAACGGAUAAUGGAUUACGUUGUUUGUCCGAAGGUGUUUUGAUCGGCUUGCAAAUCCUUUCCGUCUCGUGUUGCUCCAAGAUUUCGAACAAAAGCGCGCCGUUCUUGAAAAAGCUCGGACAAACGUUAGUCGGAUUGAACAUCCAGCAAUGCAAUCUCAUCAGCAGUAGUUUAGUCGAUUCGCUCGUUGAGAAUCUUUGGCGGUGCGAUAUCCUUUACUGAAGAAUAAAAGUAUCGGUUUCGUGUGGAUCUUUAGCUAGUCAGCUGGUUUUCUAGUCACAAACGGCGAAUUUUGUGACGGUUUUACCCUUGUUUUUUUGAACAAAAACAAGACGGUUCGGCUGCUGCUAUGGUGACACACAACCCUGUCAUGGUGUCUUGGUCUUUACUUUAGGGUCUAGUUUAGUUUAGUGGUUCGAGCGGUCUUAUGGUUCGAGUCAGUUGUAAGCGUCUAGUACCGUUGUGCGGUUUGAGGAUGCAAGAGGGUGCACCUGGUUUUUGGGCUAUGGUAAAAACAACUUUGUGGUUGUUUUUUUUUUAUGAACCAUGGUUCAUGUUUUUUGAUGGGAUUUUAGAGUCCUGUUUCCCAGGUUGAUCUUCUUGCUACCUUAAAUUUGUACCCUUUUUUAGUGAUUAUAAUGAAGAGAAAUGUUUAAUGUACUUUGUUA